AGAAGGGAGUUAUCGGCGAUGUAGAGCUUAUGGACUAUGGCUGGCUGGCAAUUUAUUUGCAGGAUACCAAAUGCUCUUGGGUGUCGAAUUUGGAGUUCAACGGGAUCUCGGUAGGAAUGAAGCUUGAUUAUACAAAGAACAAUCUGGUCAACAAUGCUAAGUUCAUCUGUUCCGAGAUAAUGUGGAUUCGACAGUCUCUACGCACGGCUGUACGGCCGCAGAGCCGUCUAACAAAGGGGACUGCAAUACCUACGGAGGAAUGUUCCAUACGUUUGGAGUGGCCUACUACGAUUCCGCGUCUGUUUUUCUGCGCUCCAUCACGCCUAAUGCUAGCCACAUUGAUGCUCCCGGGGGAGAGAUAUGAAUCCUGGUCUCAUUUUGUGCACAACCCCAGCGUCCACGGCGUAUGCACCACUGACCGCGGCCUGGGCUUUAAUCCGCUCGACUUUGGCUCAGUACGAUACUCAGGCUGUGCUGCUGAAGCACUGGACUACGGCGUAGACUACCAGGGAACGCACCCGGAAUCUCUGUACGAGGCCCAGUCUGCGCUGCGAGACCUACACAGCAUUUUCCAGGAUCUAGCGCGCGAUGGAUUGUAUGGCUCUUGGUCGGAGUGGGGGGCCUGUGAUCUCAACGUAGGCAUGCAAAGCAGCACCUUCCUCCGCUCAUACCAUCUCAUCACCCCACCCCACCCCAUCUCAUCUCAUCUCAACUCAACUCUUCAGAGUGCGUUCGAUAGUCCACCCCGCCCUCCCCGGCGGCCGCAACCCGCGCGGCCACCAGAGCAGGUGGUAGGUACCUGGAGCAGUUGGAGUGCAUGGACCACGUGCAAUGGAGAGUGUGGCACCGGGCGAGUAGGUACGCAGGAACGCGUGCGCACGUGUGAGGCAAACAAGGAAUGUGUGCUAAGCCAAGGCAGUGGCUCACAGGGGGUAACUAUCUACACCCGGCGGCAGACAGACAGCAAGGCGUGUACCACCCAGCCCUGUGAGGUGUGUGCCUGUGGGGCCUGGGUGCCCACUGGGGGGUGUACGGAUGGGGUGUUGGAGUACACCCGGGAUGAGUGCUGGGUAGGGCAGCCCCAGGUCCUGACUGUGCUGCACCUGGACGGGUCGGAUAGUGGGACCUGUGUGGCCCCGAAGGGCCAGACGCAGAGUGAGGGCAAGUGCUCGCCGUUUACGGUCAAGAUGAAUGUGGAACUGUCGGGAAGUUGGGUGCGCUUCGGACACAGGAAUUGGUGUGUAGAUCUGGGUGACGACGCUUCGUUCCUAGGCACGCCCGUGAAGAUCUACAACUGCGCCGAAACCGAUCCCGACUCGUCGCUUGGCCUAAAAAUAGCCUCGGUCCAAUUUGCCACAGAUCCUGAAACAGGCGUGACCCCCGAUACCCCGUACUCUCUAUGGGGCUAUCGCAUGAGUAGUACCGAACCUCUGUGCAUGGGCGUGGUAGCGGAUAGUAGAGGAGACCAGCAUGUGGCAACUGUACUGUGCUUUGCACCGGAGGCGAGUGUGGCUGACUUAGAGGUGCCUGAGGGACAUGCGGUGGUUAGCCGCACUCUGAUGCCGAGGAAUGAGACCCUCAAGCAGAAUCUGCAGGCUAAGUGCAACAAGUACCCAACGACCAAGACAGUGGUGUGCUAA